AUGAUACCAUUAUUCUCUGUUUUAUCCGUCAGUGAAAAUCGUACAGCAAGUUGUACAAUUACCAAUGAUGGAUUUAAAUUAACAGAUGACAUUGAUCUUCAAGCAGAUGCUUACGCAAUUUACGAUGAUUCAAUUGAUAAAAACGGCUGGUACCAAUUACAUGUUGUUGGUAACAAAGCAGCAUCACCAAUCAAUAUGAUGAGAUGUGCUGGUAUUGUUGAAGGAUAUCUUUCACAUAAAGAUAUUUAUAAUCACUUCAAACUCAUUUGUGAUAUUAAAGGCUUCCCACGUAACGCAACCUCUGAUGAAGAGCGCUAUUCUGCACCAUUUAUUAAAUUCAUGAAAACAAAUUACAGGUACAUUGUUCAAUCCAUCGAUGCUUAUCCAGAAUCUGAUUAUUGGACGCAUGUUUCAUACAUCUUUGAGCAAAUCAAAGGUAUUAACGAAGGUUACAACUAUGCUCCAAGCCACGGAUACAUGUCUCCUCUAGAUCACUGGGUUCUUCAAUCGGAAGGUGAUUUAGGAGACAUCACACGUCUUCUCGCCAGAAGGAAGGAGUCCUCUUCAUCUGCUGGCCCAACACAACAACUCAUGGCCAUGGAUAGUGGAGAUCCAGAGUCAUUAGGCGGCCAUUGCACAGGUUUAAUCAGAGUUCUCGAUGACUACUCCGAUAUUUACUUCGCACAUGACGCAUGGAGCGAUUAUAGAGACCUCCACGGCCAACUUAAGGAAUAUUACUUCCCAAUUGAAGGAUUCAAGGCCAAGAGACUUUCCCUUUCUACACGCCCAGGUAAGAUUUCAUCAUACGAUGAUUUCUAUCUUGCUGAUUCCGGUCUUAUGGUUCUUGAAACAACAAUGUCCAUUUUCAACGAAUCCUUAUACGAUUACGUUGAUCCAAAGUCAAUUUCUACAUGGUUCCGUGCCGCCCUUGCCAUGUGGACCACAAACAAUGGCCCAGAUUGGAUCGAAACAUUCAUGAAACAUAAUCUCGGUACUUACAACAACCAAUACGUCAUUAUUGAUACCAACAAAUUCGAGCGCUUCCAACGCCCAGGCAAGGACUUCAUUUGGGUCGUUGAACAAGUUCCAGGUCCAUUCUGGCAAAAAGAGGAUGUAACAGAAUAUGUCCUCAAACAAGGCUAUUGGCCAUCCAUCAACAAACCACACAGCAAAUUCUUAUUCGAUUUAAUGGGAUAUCCAGAGAAAAUUAAACAAAAUCCGAAAACAGCGCUUUUCUACACUUACGAGACUUCCGCCCGUUACAGACUAAUGGAGCGUGAAGUUCCUUUCAUCAAGGACUUCGAAACAUUCAAGUCUUUCAUGAGAUAUAACAAUUGGAAGCGCGAUACUUACUCCAAUGGCGAUGCCUCGCAGAUGAUCAUGUCCAGAUACGAUCAGAGAAGACCAGGCGACAUCUACGGACCAGCCAAAGCCUUCGGAGGCCUAGAUACUAAAGCGGCCAAAUUUACAGAUUACAAGACAAAGAUGAUGUUCGACGCCAUCGCUUCACCAUCUAACGAGCACAACCCCAACUGGAAGUUCGACGACAAAUUCCCAGAGGCACACGAUGGAUUGCCACAGGAAUGGAACUUUUCGUGGGUCAGAUUCCGCUCUGUCGGAUACGAUGCUUGCAACUUCACACAGAAGGAAUGCGAGAAGGCUCCGAUGUGCGGCUGGUGCAUGUACAACCAGCAGUGCAUGCCAGGAGACAGCCAAGGACCGUUUGAGUUCGAGUGCGACGCAGGAUGGACUGUUUACCACCCAAUGCAGUCUUUCGCAAUCCCUGUUAUCAUAACAACAACUAUUGUUGUAUUUGUUUUCUGCGGCUUCGUGCUUGCAUGCCAUUUAGUAGGCAAGAGACGCCGUAAUCAAUAA